GCCUCUCUCCCACCCCCUCCCCUCUGUUCUCCUCCUUCCUCUCUCCCCCCACCCCCCUAACCUCCAAAAGGGGAAUUUUCCAGCUGGUAAUUUCUGCUGCGUCAACACCCAGCUCAAGGGAGUGGAGAGGAGACAAGGGGGCAUUUUAACAGCAGCUCCACAAAAUAACAAGCCCUUCCAUUCUGUUCUGAGUACUUAAAACAAAAAGCCUUAAAAAUUAAGUAUCUGUGCAAGUUGGACCAAGAGUUUGUCAAGGGAGAGUGGCUCAUAACUGCUUGGAAGAAAGGGAUGAGUGUGUGUGGCAGCGGUAGCACAAAUAUUCCUAAAUGAAUAAUCGAAAGGAAGACAUGGAGAUUGCCUCCCAUUAUCGUCAUCUGCUUCAAGAACUCAAUGAACAAAGACAACAUGGAAUCCUCUGUGAUGUUUGCAUUAUAGUGGAGGGAAAGAUUUUCAAGGCUCACAAAAACAUUCUUCUUGGGAGCAGCCGCUACUUUAAGACAUUGUAUUGUCAGGUGCAGAAGACUUCUGACCAGGCAACAGUCACUCAUCUAGACAUUGUAACAGCACAGGGCUUUAAAGCAAUAAUUGACUUCAUGUACUCAGCACACCUCGCGUUGACCAGCAGGAAUGUCAUUGAGGUGAUGUCAGCUGCUAGUUAUCUCCAGAUGACUGAUAUUGUGCAAGCUUGUCAUAAUUUCAUAAAGGCUGCUCUUGACAUAAGUAUAAAGUCUGAUGCAUCAGAUGAUCUUAUUGAUUAUGAACUUGGAGCUCCCUCUGGCAGUAGUACAGAUGCUUUGAUUUCAGCAGUAGUAGCUGGUAGGAGCAUAUCUCCCUGGCUAGCUCGACGAACAAGUCCAGCAAACUCUUCUGGAGAUUCAGCCAUUGCUAGCUGUCAUGAAGGAGGAAGCACAUAUGGGAAAGAGGAUCAAGAACCAAAAACAGAUAGUCAUGAUGACGUUUCAUCCCAGUCUCUUUGGCCCAGUGAUAUGGGCUAUGAAUCUUUGCGUAUCAAAGAAGAGCAGAUCUCCCCAUCUCGCUAUGGAGAGAAUGAGCUGCAGUCUGCUAAAGAUAGUGCAAUGCAGAAUGCUUAUUCAGAACAAGGUGUGGCAGAUGGAUGGCAACCUACGGGGCGCAGAAAGAACAGGAAAAAUAAGGAUACUGUGCGUCACAUUACGCAGCAGCUGGGGAAUGAUAGCAGGGCAAGUUCUCCAGUGCCACCUUUUCUGUCUGCUUCAGGAUGGCCGUACAACAGUCGAGAAGCAAGUGUGGACUUGACUGGGGCAGAUCCAAACAGCUCUGACAACAGAAUAGAGAGAGUGGACCUUUAUGCAAAUGUUGAUGAAGCACUCCUAGGAGGUGAAGCUAGUUAUCUCUCUCAGCCUCUAACUCCAGAGAAGGAAGAUGCACUUCAGGCUGUGGCAGUUGCUAACUUGCGGGCAGCCUUUAUGAGCAAGAACAGCUUGUUAUCCUUGAAAGCUGACAUGCUGGGAGAAGAGAGUUCUCUGCUUUUUGAAUACUUACCCAAAGGCACACAUUCGUUAUCUUGGCCUGGCACCAACUUGAAUCGUUCAAGGGGCGAAUGUGAUGGCAGUGUGGAAGUACCACCACCUCUGCUGUCUUCAUCACACCUUGCCACUCAGAGCCCCCCUGCCAUCAUCACCUCUUCUGGUGAUAUGUUGCCAGAAGCUGUUAAAAGAGUAACAUCUUCAUCUCAGGUCACCUAUGAUGGAUUUUUAGCAUUGUGGCAGUUAGAGAGCUCUGACACAGUAAAUGAAUUCACUGUGAUCAGAAAGAAGUUCAGGUGUCCCUACUGCAGUUUCUCAGCUAUGCAUCAGUGCAUCCUGAAGAGGCACAUGCGAUCCCACACAGGAGAAAGACCCUACCCUUGUGAAAUUUGUGGGAAGAAAUUCACUCGCCGGGAGCAUAUGAAACGGCACACCUUGGUUCAUAGCAAAGACAAAAAAUACGUCUGUAAAGUGUGCAACAGAGUGUUCAUGUCUGCCGCCAGUGUGGGGAUCAAGCACGGCUCCCGCCGCCAUGGCAUCUGCACUGAUUGUUCUGGCCAAGGCAUGGCUGGUCACUUGGAUGCAAGUGGAGGAGACGGGUCGCCCGAUGAGUUGUAUGGCACAGAAGGCCCCUACAUGGAGGAUCCUGAUGACCUCAAGGUGGAAGGAGAUGAAGAGAUGGGCGAGGACGAUGACAUAAAGUGGAAAGACGACAUAGAAAAUUCUCAAGAUGAUGACAUAAUCUUGGAAGAUGACAAAGAUGGCAUUCACUCUCCACAGGAGCAUGAGAAUUCUGAGGAGAACGACAAGGAUUUCACUUGGAUUUCAUAGGAUUUUGUAUAUUCUUGGUUUGUUUGGGAUGAGGCAGGGAAGGGUAGGUUGUCUUGGAAAAGCUCAAGUAGCCUUGUGGUUGUCCUUGUGUGCAAAAAAAUACCCCAAACAAAACCCUCCUCAUCUUUGCAGGGUUUUAAAGCAAACAAGUUAUUUAUCUGUUCCUCCAGAUCCUGUAUCAGUAAACAUUUCCCCUAAUGGUACCUCUUUCUUGACCUUUGCCCUUCCUGUAGUCUGAAACAUUUGUCCUUGUCUCUUCGUCUGAGCCAGCCAGAUUGCAUGCAGGCAGCCUGAAGUCCCUCUGGCCUUCAAAUGUUUCUACACUGUUACUUUUAAACAUGGGGAACUCUUGUUUUUCAUACCGUCAUCAAAAUAUUUUAAAAUAACUCUGUGUCCACCAACAAGGAACUUGGUAACAAGAUUACCAGCAAUAAAGCAGUCUGGGUGUUGGAGGAUUUCCCUCUUAAUGAUGCAACUAUUUUGAUAAGCUGGUGAGAUCAAAUAACCUUUCAGGUUUGCAGCCUUCCUUAGAAUGGGGCAGUUUAUUAAAGGAUUCAUUUGUCCCACUGGCAUUUGUAACAUAAGAUUGCCCAGAUUUUCAGCUUGGUUCAUGAUGUUAGAAGAUGCAGGAAUAUCUGCUGCAAAAGUGCUCCCUUGUGGCAGCGUCACAUAAAUACACUUACCUUCCUUUUUCUGUAUUUAUCUUUCUCUUGUUUAACAAUUUAUGCAAUUUUGAAUUGGGCGUCCUGGCAAUAUGAGGAACCAAUGUAUUGCUUUGUUUGCCAAGUUUUGCCAGGUUCUACUAGGAUAUAUCUGAGUAGGCUUUUUGUUGGUGCUCAGCAGACCAGGCAAACUGUGAGGCCUUCAUCAAUGGCACAGUCCCUGGAACAAUGAAAGGUGGCUGAGGAUUUGGGGAUGCCAUUAAGGCCAGAAGAAUGGGGAGGGAGGAGAGAUAUUGCCCCAUAGACAUAGUGCACCAGGAAGUUGCCCUAUGCAAAUCUGUUUUGAAAAUUAGAAGAAUUGCACAAGGCCAUGGUAGUCCUGCAUCUUAAUUUGGGUUGCCAUUUGAUUUUCUACGGCAGACACCCAAAUGCCUUUGGUGAGUCCUGAAAAGGGGUGUUGCAAAAUUCCACAAGUUCCUCCUCCUUUGGCUAAUGCUCUUAUACUUCAUGUAUAGCACCAGACUGGGGUGUACCUGUGUAGUUCUGCCCCUAAGUUUGGAUCAGCAGUCUCUGUACUUAAGCAACCAAGUAGAUUUUCUGCAUGGAUCUGCUAUAUCUGGCUGCAGGCUUGUACCCUGUAGCAUCUACAAAGAUGUACUUGGGGCCAUGAUGAAGAGCUGAUGGAUGAUAUGACUUGUAGUGGUUACUAUUGCUUUUCUGAUAAAAUCUGAAAACAGUCAACUAGCCUAUGCCUACCUGUACACUUCACCUGCGCUGCUUUAUGUCAGGAGGCGGAAGAAUUUUUUUUUAAAAACCCAUCAUUGUUCUUUCCUGUGGAACAGAAUUUUAUACAGAAUGCUCUGUGUGCUAAAUAUUAAGCCUAAAACUUGCCACAGGUGGCAAGCUUCAGAACCAGGAGUCAGAUACUUUUAAAGGUGCUAUUUUUUGGUGCAGUAAAAAGGACAGGCCUUUGAUACUGUACAGAUGAUCAUUUCUGGAAAACAGUGGAGCAGCACUCCCGUGGCAUUCUCCCCAGUUCAGCAUUGGUAUCUUGGUAACUGUAAUAAUGUAAUGGGGGAAGGCAGGGCCAUCACUGUGAGGAGUGUGUGUGAAUUACUUACACUUAUCCUGACUUCUUAUCAUAGUCCCUUCUUCCAUAUGAGUUAAUGGAGAUGUGAAGUUGACUAAAUCAGAGAGAGAGAGAGAGAGAACGAGAACACUUCUGGCUUUAUCAGCUUUCUCCAAAAGAGAAUUUCUUGAGUGCUGGGCCACUGCCAAGCAGGCAAGGUAGCCUUGCACUGUCUGUUGUCUUCUUGAAAGGGUUACAUGUGCAGAUAUGUGGAUACACUCCUCAUUUAAUGUACUAGCAAAAUUGUAAAUGAUUUCAAAACUGCUCCAGCAAUUUGAUGUGUGUUUGUGCUUAUGAUUGGCAUUACCCAAUAGGUGUCUACGACAGUUGCACAAAAUUGUGCACAUGCCUUAUUGAAGCACUGCUGGUUACACUGCACAGAGUUAGUUUCAGCUUCCAAGUGCACACUAUUUGAAGCACAACCUGAAUCCUGCAAAAACAAUUUUUGGGACAUGCACAAUAAAAAUGUUAACAAGAAGUUGCUUGACUAGAGACCAUGGAAGGGCAAGCCCGUGAGGGAGUGUGUGUGCGGGGGGGGGGGGGGGCAGUGACUGCUGUAUUGCUUCAGACACUCCAGAAAGUUAACAUGUGUACACAGCCUGAGGACAGAAUUUGCAAAACCAAACAAAAACAUGCAGUUUUACUGCAUAGACAUCAUGCUUCACUCCUGGCGGAAUAUCAAAACCAGCUUUUUCAAAUGCAAGGAAUACGUCAUCUGCAUUGGGGUCCCCGCUGCUGUCAAACUUUCAGGGCUAAAAUGCCUUCUGCUUAAAGGUGAUAGUAUUUAGAAUAGGAAUUUACAGCAUAUCUUGUACUAAUGAACAGCUUCCUUAAAGCGUUCUGCUGGUAUAAGCUCCAUUGUUCCUACUGGAUUUGCAGCUGUUGCUUUACUAAUUUAAUUUUUCAUCUUCCUUUAUCCCAUGUGCCAUGGAAUUUAUCCUAAUAAAAGGAACCGAGAGAUGAGUUCACAGACUGUGACUAUGCAGGUCACUUUUCUGUCAAUGUGUGUUAUUUCUUCCCAGCUUUCCAGAUUCACUGGAGGAUGCUGUUUCAGACACAUACUGUUCCCCCACCCCCAAAUUAUUCCAUGUGUGCUUCGUUAACUCAAAAGGAAAUUUUUUAUUAUACAGUUGUGGUAUGCUCUGCUGCUAGAACAGAAUAAAGAGCAUGUUUCAGUGUGAACCUUUGCUAUUAUUUAGUCAACCAAAAAUGGCUACCAAAUCUUGCAGUAUCUUCAAGGGACAGUGAGGAUGAGAAGAAUAAUUUUUACAGAACUGUAAGAGUCUUCUUGCAUUUUUAGCUUGUUGUAAAGCUUUAUUGUACUUUAUUUGGAAGACUUAUUUUAUAUACUUUUUUCUAAGUGCAGGAGAAAUCAAGUUACCCUCACGUUGCAGACUAAAGACCCUUGUCUUGUACUUCUCUGCUGUCUUCUGCCUGUCAAAAAGCAGCUUGCCAAUUUAUCACUGGUCUGUCUUGUAAAGAGUGGAGAUGAGGAUUUCGCUCUGUUUUAACUUAUUACCUCUUUCUUGGAGCCAAGAAGGUCAGGAUGUGAGGAGUCAAACAGGUUGGCAUUUAAUAAGGCUGUUUUAAAAGUGUGUGUGUGUGGCGGGGGUGCCUCUUGAGUUUGUGAAACAUUCCAUUUUCUUCCCACCCUGACAUGAAAGUUAGGUUUCAUGCUUUCUGUCAUUUUGGGAUACUUCUGCCCCAUGGCUGCCCGCAUGCUCUGUUUGACUUGUUUACCACUUGAAUCAGAAAUGCAGGAAGACUCCUUUUGCGGGGAGGAGAAAGCAAGUAGUGCUUUUUCAGGAGGGAGCCUUCCUGGCCCAUCUUCUUUCUCCCUGCCCUUACCCUACCUAUUGAAUACAUUUGGCCACUGUAGACGCCAUAGCCACUUUUGACUCCAUGUCUAUCCCUCGAUUGACCCCUCUGUAUUGUGGAUUGCCAGGAGAGGCAGAAACCCAGGGCAGUACAGGCACCUUCACUCAUGGGACAUCCAAACCUGGCCCCUUUCCAAAUUCCCAUGUAGAUGACUCUUUCAUGUUCUAGAGAACUGAAAGUAUCAUUAACUCUGGACUGACUUCCCCCAUUUGCCUGCCCCUUUCUUGUUUCCUCCCUGUGUGUAUAACUUUAUUUUGGAUAUAUAUUUCUUAAUUGCUGCUGCUUUCUUUUUUCCAAAUAGGAGAUAAGCCAUCAGGCUUUGCUACAGCUUUAAUAGUGCCAUUUCUUUGCUAUUCUGGCUAAAGAUGCUACAGGGAAGCAACAAAAAUUAGGAACAUUUUUAAUAUAAAUUAUAACCAAGCAGAUACUUCAGUGUUGCCUGCAUAUACUAAGUAAAUAAUAUACAAAAUAGCUUCAGGAGCUGCCCUGUUGCAUCUGAUGAAAGGAAAGUUCUUAAGAAAAUGUUAAGAUUAUAACUUCAGGAACUUCUCUUACACAAGCACCUUUCAAACAAGCACCCAGAGAAUUUUGCAGAAAUUUUGUUCUGCAUCUGCAAAAAUUCAUUUCACUGAGUGUUGCACAUGAGAAGUGCUUGGAGGAUUCCUUUUCAAUUUGCUCUGAAGUUUUUUCUUAUUACUUGGCUGUACUUUUUUUAAAAAAAGACUGAUUCCUACUUCUUUGAACAUAUCAAACUGCCUUAUACCAAGUCAGUUUAGUCUGGUCCCCUCUGCUCUAAUUGGCAAUGGCUCUCCAGGGCCUCAGGCAGCCGAUAGCCUUUUAAAGUAGAGAUCCCAAGGAUUCAGUCACACAUUGCAAAAUGUGUCAGGGCUACCAUGUGUAUUUUUUAAAAAGAAAAUAGCAACUGUGAAGCGGGGUGUGUGGUCAGGAUCAGGACUCCAGUGUGUGCAGAGGGGGCAUUUAAUUGGUUCCCUCUUGUAGAGGUCCUGAAGAAAAUUGCUCUCCUCCCCCCCCCCCCGCCACACACACACUCUGCUAUUUGAUUUGAUGCCUACAAGAGUUUUCCUCCAGGAGCUGUGGGCUCUCCUCCCCAAGACAAAUAGCUUCAGAAGCAGUAAUUUUCAUCAAGACUGCAGCACAGAGGGGAGGAGUGAAAUACUCUGUGCUGUGAUACUGAUUGUACCCCUCCUGUGGCCAUUUUUGGGGGGUUAAGAAAUAGAAACCCUAAUGAUGCAUUUAGGAUCACUUACUGUUUGACACUCCGCCUGCUUCUGCACAGAGAGCAGCUGCUCCAGCCACUUGCCACAUUAAAGACUGGCAUUUAGCAUUGCUAAGAAAAAACAACUGAAUGUUUUUUGCUUUUGCUUUAAUCAGGGAUUUAACAUCAUCCAUAUUUUGUUUUACAUACCAAAAAAAGGGUUUUGUUGUUUUACAUACCAAAAAAAGGGCAGACUAAGGAAACAUUUUCUGAUGACAAAAAGGAAUCUGCUGCAGUGUGUAUCUUUUCAAAAAUGCCUUUGGGCACAAUCCACCAGGAAGGUUUCGUGCGUGUUAUUUCAGAAGAGGUAAUGCAAUGUUUUUGAACAGCUCUUCUGCAUUUCUGCAAGGGACUUCAGCACAAAGGUUUCCUAGUGGAGUGUGCACUCUAUUGGUCAUCUUCAUUGAGUGAGACUCAUGCUAGCAUCAUAUAUUAUUGGGGUUUAUUUUCUCUCUCAAUCUACUUCGGGCCUUGGGGGGAGGGGGAAAGCAGAGUCUACCACAAGCUUGUAAAUAGCCACUCUCCUUGAUGAGUAGGCAUGCCCUCCAAGGGGGAGUUUCUGUCUUUUGGGUGUGUUUGUGCUUCUCCCCUUCCUCUUUCAGGCCAUUGAUCAUUCCACAGAUAGAUAGGCACAAGGUCAGAAGUGGCUAGUAUAACUUUUUUCAAGGCUGAUAAUGUGGAUUUAUUUACUUACAAAGAGGGUCUACUGGGGCAUCCAUUUGCGUGAUAAUUAAGUGGGAAUCCUAGGAGAGUGCAUCUCUCAUUUUAAUGAGGCAAACACAGGAGAGAUUGCCACUAGUUUGUGUCCAGAGCCUGUAUGUGUUUGGAUCUGAUUUGCUAAAUCCAGAUGGAGAAUCAAACAUGGCCACCUUCAGAGGAGAACUUGGACUUACCAACAUGGGUUUUUAAUGCUUCCAGCUUUGCACAUAUUCCUGCUUUAAAUUUUUUUAAAGAGAAACUCCUUGGAAAAAAAUACAAGGACUGGAGGGGGGAAAUUUUUUGGAAUAUUACUAAAGAUAAUCUUAUGUUAGCUCAUUCUGUGACAUGUGCAAAUCUUAAGCCAUACUGAAUUUAUGACUUUUUAUUUUUUAGAUUAUCUACUGUGUGGUUUGGAUUUCUGCCUUUUUUUUUUUUUAGAAUUCCUUCAUAGUAGAGGGUGCUGUGUGAAUGUGUGCGUGUGUGCUUUCAUAAAUAUAUAUAUAUAUUUAUUUAUUUUUCAGCGUGCUUUAAAUCCGUCUAAUAAAGAUAACUAAAGCAAACAAAAGGACAGUGUUUAAACUUUUUUUUUUUUUUUGCUGGGAAUAUUCUAUAUUAUACUGACUUUAUAUAUUAUUAUAAACCUGUGUUUGUAUUCACAUUGUUUAAUAUUUGGGGGGUGGGAUAUGGGGAGAUUUUAGUACCCAGAAGUCAGUUGAGAAACAACUGUGUGUUGUACUGAUUUUUUCUGUCAGUGUAGUUCAGGUAACUAUGACCUUAUUUUCUAGGUGAUUUCACACUCCCUGGUCUGUCUAGGCAUGCCCGAGGCCUGCCUCUUUGAUAUAUUGACUUGUCAUGAGAUUAGCUUAGACAUACUUGCAAAAAUCAAUCUGUUUCAAUAAACUGAGAUAUUGCUGCUAAAA